AUGGUAUGGUCCAUAAUAAGCAGCAAAGACACUGGUGGUCUGUACAUUGUGGAGGGAACGAUGCGGCAGGAUCAAUAUGUCCCGUUCCUUGAGACAAAGAUGCUGCCCCAGGUCCAGGAGUGGUUUCUGAACGGCAAAUUUACGUUUAUGCAUGACUCUGCUCCUUGCCACAAAGCAAAAAAAGUCUUGAAAUUUCUAAAUGCCCAAAAAGUAAAGAUACAAGAUGACAGUGGAGAUAUGCAUGGGAUUUCUCAGCAAUCAGUGAGCAAAAUCGCUUAUAAUGUUGGGAAAGCAUUAGCUAAAAAAGCUCAUUUAUUCAUCAACAUGCCCACUACACUAGAAGAUCAACAGGAAACCAUCAGAGGAUUUAGAAGUAUAUGUAAUUUCCCCUCGGUGAUAGGGGCUAUAGACUGCACGCAUAUACGAGUCAAAAGGGUAGGUGGCGAUAUGAGUGAAGCCUAUGUGAACAGAAAGGGUUACUAUUCUAUCAACGUGCAAGUUGUCUGUGAUUCAAACUUGAAAAUCCGAGACAUAGUUGCACGUUGGAUAGGAAGUGCUCACGACUCUCGGGUUUUCAACGAAAGCACAAUAAAAGAACGCUUUGAACGUGGCGAUUUUCAUGGAAGAUUACUUGGAGACAGUGGAUAUGCAUGUACUGCAUAUCUCUUUACACCUUUGCUUAAUCCUAGUAAUGACAAAGAGGAAGCUUACAACAGAGCUCACAUUAGAACAAGGAAUACAGUGGAGAGAUGUUUUGGCUUGUGGAAACAAAGAUUCAGAUGCCUAUUAAGAGGCAUGUUUAUGAAACUAAGCACAGCGAAAACCACAAUUGUAGCAUUAGCAGUGCUACAUAACAUAGCGAUUGAUAUGAAUGAAGACAUUGAUAUAGUUCGGUAUGUUCGUCAGCGGCGCAGGCCACAGACUGAGAGAUCUACAGUUAGGGGAGCAAUUAUUAGACAGCGUUUUAUUAACCAAAAUUUUUAA